UCCACCGCGGCGCUGGUCUGUGAGUCACAUGACCCUGACAUUAAAGCGGAAAUGACAGUUAGCGCUUCACAGUCUCACGGCAGAUAAAAGGGCUGUGAUGUGAUGUGAAGUGAUGAUGGCAGCUGCCAGUGUGUCUCAGUCUGCCAGCGCUCAGGCCACAGAGAAAUCACAGCUGACCUUGAAAGUGUUGUCUGCUAAGCCUCAGUCUCCUAAACUGCCCAGUCGUCACUCGUCUCGUUUGAGUUCGUUUGUGGAAGUGACCGCUGACGGCCUGACCAGCGAAACAAAGAAAACAGGCAAACGCACUGGACACCUAGAGCUGCAGUGGAAUGAAGACCUCACCCUGAACGUGACUCCUCAGAGUCGUUUGGAUCUGAAGUUGUGGAGUUGUCACACUUUGAGGAAGGAACUUCUGGGCAGUGCCACCAUUGACUUACUGGACACUCUACGAACACAUGAUGGCAAGAUGGAGAAUGUUCAGCUCAGUCUGGUUCUACAGACAGAGAACAAAGGCUCGGUUGUAGCAGGAGGUGAGCUCAACGUCUGUCUGGAUGGCCUGGUUGUUGAUCUAGGAUCUCUGCCCAAUGGCAGUGCUGCCCCAGACAAGAUAGUUCACUCGAGCAGGUCUAAUCUGCACAGAGCUCAUAGUGAGGAGAGCCCGAGUACCAGCAGCCCCCGUGGACGAAGUUUAGCUCAUUCUGUGGGUUCUUGUGGAGAUUCUCCAGCGGACAUCGGAGGAGCUGUUCUCACGAAUGGAGAGCUGAACGGAGAAGCUGCGGACGACGCAUGCCGCCGCAGCUCAAAGACGGCCAUCAACAGCCUGAGCAGUGCUGGUAAAGGUGAGACGGCUGCUAAUGGCUCACCCUCCCUGAGCUCAACCCCCUCUGCUGAGAUGGACAGUUCUGCCCCGCCGUCAGCCACAGAGACCCCGUCCUCCACCGACCAGAGCAGUACAGCCACAGAGACACAGACCACCGAUGCACUGCCUGCUGGUUGGGAACAGCGAAUUCUCCCUCAUGGACGAGUCUACUAUGUGGAUCAUAACACAAAGACCACCACAUGGGAGAGACCCCUCCCACCAGGCUGGGAGAAGCGCGUGGAUCAGCGUGGCAGGUUCUACUAUGUGGAUCACAACACCAGAACCACCACGUGGCAGCGGCCCACAGCAGAGUCUGUGCGCAACUAUGAGCAGUGGCAGUCUCAGCGCAACCAGCUGCAGGGAGCCAUGCAGCAGUUCAACCAGAGAUACCUCUACCAGUCGUCUGGAGGUCCGGUGGAGAAUGACCCGCUCGGGGCUCUUCCUCCAGGCUGGGAGAAACGUCAGGACAACGGAAGAGUGUACUAUGUCAAUCACAACACACGAACGACGCAGUGGGAGGACCCUCGAACCCAAGGGAUGAUCCAGGAGCCGCCCCUGCCGCCCGGCUGGGAGAUGAAGUACACGGCAGAGGGGGUGCGAUACUUUGUGGACCACAAUUCUCGCACCACCACCUUUAAAGACCCCCGGCCAGGCUUUGAGUCAGGCUCAAGACAGGGUGGCUCUCCGGGUGCGUACGACCGCAGCUUCAGGUGGAAAUAUCACCAGUUCCGCUUCUUGUGUCAUUCCAACGCGCUGCCCAGCCACGUGAAGAUCUCCGUAUCCCGACAGACUCUCUUUGAGGACUCGUUUCAGCAGAUCAUGAACAUGAAGCCGUAUGACCUCCGCCGGAGGCUCUACAUCAUCAUGAGAGGAGAGGAGGGGCUGGAUUACGGAGGAAUAGCCAGGGAGUGGUUUUUCCUGCUGUCUCAUGAGGUGUUGAACCCCAUGUACUGUCUGUUUGAGUACGCCGGUAAAAACAACUACUGUCUGCAGAUUAACCCUGCUUCUUCCAUCAACCCCGACCACCUCACCUACUUCCGCUUCAUCGGCCGCUUCAUUGCCAUGGCACUGUAUCAUGGGAAGUUCAUUGACACGGGCUUCACUCUGCCCUUCUACAAGCGCAUGCUUAACAAGAAACCCACCCUGAAAGACCUGGAAUCCAUCGACCCUGAGUUUUACAACUCCAUCAUGUGGGUCAAAGAGAAUGAUCUGGAAGAGUGCGGCGUGGAGCUGUACUUCGCUCAGGACAUGGAGAUUUUGGGCAAGGUGACGACACACCAGCUGAAGAACGAUGGAGAAAAUGAACUGGUCACGCAGGACAACAAGGAGGAGUACAUUAGUCUGCUCACUGAUUGGCGCUUCACACGCGGGGUGGAGGAGCAAACGAAAGCCUUCCUGGAUGGGUUCAAUGAAGUUGUGCCUCUGGAGUGGUUGCGUUAUUUUGAUGAGAAAGAGCUGGAGCUCAUGUUGUGUGGGAUGCAAGAAAUCGAUCUGAACGACUGGCAGAAGAACACCAUCUAUCGGCAUUAUACCAAAAACAGCAAGCAGAUCCACUGGUUCUGGCAGGUGGUGAAGGAAAUGGACAAUGAAAAGAGAAUUCGCCUCCUGCAGUUCGUCACAGGAACUUGUCGUCUGCCAGUUGGAGGCUUUGCAGAACUGAUAGGAAGUAACGGGCCACAAAAGUUCUGCAUAGACAAAGUGGGGAAGGAAACCUGGCUGCCUAGAAGUCACACCUGCUUUAAUCGUCUGGAUCUGCCACCCUACAAGAACAUGGAGCAGCUCCGAGAAAAACUUCUGUUCGCUAUCGAGGAAACCGAGGGAUUCGGACAAGAGUGACGAGACUGAUUAUAUCUCGGCACAGAAGGGACAGGACCAGCAAAAUAAUUCAUUUCUUUUGAAUAGGCCAUUAAUGUGGACUGAAUGAACAGACUGUUGAUUAGACUAGCAGCAGAUUUACAAUUCAAACACUAGUUCACCUAAAAAUAAAAACUCACCUCAUUUAUUCACCCCACGUCAUUCCAAACCGAUGUGCUGUUAUUUUUCUGUGCAACACAAAAAGGAAGAGUUUCGAAAAGAGAUGCAUAAAGAUUCAUCACACUUCAACGUUUGUGUUCCACUGAAUGAAUAACAGCAUGCUGGUAUGUAAUGACACAAGGAUGAGCAAACAACUGCUUCAUUUUUGGGUUAACUCUAGAGCCGAGACACCGAUGGACCAGCAGCAGAUAAAUGAUUUGUUUGAAUGUAAUAUUUCAUUUGGUAAAUUCAGGGGAUGAUGAUUUCACCUUACAUUUCUAUGCAGAGAAAGCAAUGCAAAUUAUGACACAGUUCACAGUAUAACCAUAUUUGUAAAUCAAGUCAAAAUGAAUUCCCUGAAUUGCCUAAAUCAAAAUGUAAUCACUCCUGAUUUUCCAGUGUGAGGGGAAAUUCUCAAACUCCCUGCUUAUAAUGCAGCAUCCAAUACAGAAAUAUUACUACUACUAAUAAAAUAAACCGCAGCGAAUCUUCAGUUGCAGAUGUCAUGGGCCGCGGCGCUGGGGCUCGUGUGUCGUAUCAGUGUGUGUAUAUGGACUAGAAGACCACUGAGAGGAGAGAGAAAAUAAUUGUUUUAAAGAGACUGAGCAGACGUGAUUUCAUUAUUUUGGGACAUGCCAUGCAACACUGUAUAUAGCUGAAAUAAACAUAGUCUGUGGAUGAUUUUAAAUAUUAAAAAAAAGCUUUAAAA